CAGCACAAGAGCACAAGCCACGACUUCUGGAAAUGAGAAACCUACAGCUUGAAACCAAACACAUCUCUUUUUGUCCUUCCAUGUAUCUUUUUUCUGUGCUUCUGCGUGAAGAUGCCGGUCAAUCAAGUUUAAUUGGGGAAACACACCUCCAAGAAGCUUCUACUUGCUUUUACUUGUGGCACUUUUCCCAGUCGACGGCCCAGUCGACGGUUCGACUUUUCUCUCAUCCGUCACGCCAUCGACGCCAUGGGCAUGUCGAGCAAAGAUUCCACCUGGACCGAACCAAUCGACGGGCUCGGACGGUGGAGCGCAGCUGGGCGGUGGGUGAAGAGCCGGCCAUGCCAGAGCUUCCUGGCUUUGGUCCUCCUCCUUGAUGGCUUGGCCGCCUGCGUGAUGAUCGACCACCGCGCUGCCAGCAUGACGCCUUCUCCAGCCUGGGUCAUGCUGUCGCACUUCUGCUGGUUGGUCUAUUGUGGGGAACUACUGCUCUACAUUUGCUUGGAAGGUUUCAGUAUCCUGCGGGAUCACCUCUUCCUUUUUGCGGUCGUCAUUUCUGGCCUCGUCGAGCUCGUGUUGUCAGCUGCCUUGCCUCAUGAAUGGCUGAGACUCUUUGAAGUGGUCCGGCUGCUGCGAUUGCUGCGUGUCUUCUGGAAGCUCCCGAUUCCUGAGCUUCAGAACCUCGUGAAGAAGAUUACCUUCUGUGUGAAACAGCUCAUGGUGUCCUUCGCCAUGUGCUUCGGGGUGAUGACCCUGUGGAGCAUGCUGUUGGUGGAGAUGGUCAAUCCAUUAGUGAAACAACUGCAAGACUUGGGUGCCUUUUCGGACUGCCAUCGCUGCCAGCGGGCGGUGUCUUCAGUCAUGGAUGCCAACUUGUUUCUCUUUCAGACGGUGAUUGUGGGUGAUGAUUGGGGCGAACUAGCGGUGCCUUUGAUCCAGACCUAUCCAGCAACUGCCUGUAUUUUCGUGGGCUCCUUUCUCACGAUCGUUUUUGGAGUGCUCAAUUUGAUCAUGGCCUUGGUGGUGCACAGCUUUCAGGACAACGACCGAGCCAGUGAAGUCGAAGCGGAUCGGAGGACGUUGGCAAACCUCUUCGCACACCUGGAAACCGACCAGUCUGGCCAGAGCCAGGUGGCCCUCCCGCAGCUGUUGUCCUUCGCUCAACAGAACCCCACCGUUCAACGGUGGCUGAGUGAGAGGGACCUUGAUGACAGCGACUUGCAGAUGUUGUUCGAAAUGAUUGAUUGGGAUGGUCGUGGUGCCAUUGAGGCCUCAGAUUUUGUGAGUUGCCUCAGCUGCUUUGCACACGAUUCCAAGAGGACACCACGGUUCAUCAAGUACAACUUCAUGCAGUCCAUGAGAAGUCAAGAAGAUCUGUAUGACCUGUGCGAAGAUCGCUUUCGAGAUUUGACACUCCGCAUUGAGGAAGUCUUUCGUGAGGUGAAGGGACUGAAAUCCGACAGAGCCUCCAGUCCAGCGUGGACAGACACCAUCCAGACCGGCGACAAAGCCUCGCCGGAUCUGCUGUUGGUUGCAGAGGGCUUGACCGGGUCGGCUCUGUCGACCGGUGCUAAGGAGCCCUCCGACUGCCCGCGACGUCCCAAAGACCUCGUCGACCUUGGAAAGCUGGGGGAGCGGCAAGAGCUCAGUGGCUCUGUGGAGCAGCUGGUGGCGGAAUUGGAAGCCUCGUUGCUGAAGCUGAAAGAGCGUUUCGCUCCACUGGAACGUUGCAGCGCUUCCUCCGCUGCGCCGGUGACCGUGACGCCGGGCGCGGCGCGCACAAGGCUGCGAGGGGCUUCGGUGCGAGAGGCGUCCAAAGCUGAGGUCUUUUGGAUUCAUUACAUGGACCGCCCCCGCCUCGCACAGCAAGCUGAGUGGUCGCUGGUGGACAAGGCAGCAGGAGAGGCGGAAAGACGCGCAGAGAAGGUGAAGGCUGUGACUAAGCCGUACCAACGUGAGGAAUGAAGUCACGACGGGUCAAGAACAUGUCAAGACUUCCUUCGCGACCUCUGAAGGUGAUGCGUGCUUCGGGUGACGGUGACGGUGACCGCGAGGCGGGAGAGGUGAGUGAGACCACGGAGGCCUACAGUUUUUAAGGCCCCCGAGGACGGAGCAUCCUCCGGGCGAUGAAACGGGAUGUUUUUACGUUGAAAUUCCUUCA